CGUUCAUAGGCCUACUCAUUCAGUAUUUUUAGCCUAGUUUUUCUAAUCUCCCCAAGGACAGUAAACCUACCAACAAUAUGUUUGUGUUAAGAUUAGACCGCCGUAAAAUGCCAAUUUUUGAUAAGAGAGUCCGCAGCUGAUAAAAAUGCUGCUCAUUGCACCAAGCUCACUGAUGUCGCGCGUGUUCACCACCCGGAGCUCAGAAGCUUUCAGCAAGCCCAAGAACUUCGACAUAUAUGCCCACUUUUAACACAGCGGGAAUAUGAGCAAUCAUUGCCAUUUCGAUACUCAUUUUACACAUACUCUAGUCUACAUAGUCCACCACCCCCACUAAAAUUACGCCAAAACGCUAACUAUGGUUGCUGACGACGACACAUGCAGCGUUGCCCUGACCAUGUCAACGUUCAAUAAGAGGAACAGUUUUCAUACAGAAGUAAGUGGCAUAAGGGCUUCAUUCUACUUGAAAAAAAGUAGGCUAGGUUUCCGCUCGAUUGUAAUGAUGCGAAAAAAUGUGUCUCUAACAUUGUAAGCCUACUUGUUGUGUCCUGAUACAUUGUGUCCUGGCUGAUACAUUGUUUGUGUCACACUGUUGCCGACCACGGGGUGGCAGUAUAGCUACUAGGUUGCGCCAUGGUUUGCUCGCUAUAACUGUCAUGUGGCGCUUGCCGUAUUGUUGUCAUGCGACCAACAUGGAGUGCAGAGACCCAUGAUCUGGUGCCCGGUGGAUACGCUUGGCUUUCAAAGUCGUUGAUUGUCAAGCGAUCAUGUCUUCUUUAAGUAAAAUUAUGGUGACUGGUUCUACGGUGAAUCGGGAAGGAUUGAGCAAGAACGGGCAAAAGAGUGCAUUUAGGAGAAUCUGGACCAACUUGUUAGCGCUAUGCUAGCUAGCUACUGUCAAAUAAACGGCUAGUAAGCUAGUUCUGUGUUGGUAGAAGUUGUCAGCUUGUCGACAAGCCAGUGCAUUAUACCAUCUGUAUUAUUUUUCAAACAUGACGGAGGCGGCGAAGAACGACGAUCAGCGACCGGUUCCGAGGGAGCAGGCGAUACUGGAAAGCUUCUUCACUCAGCUCGGGAUGUUCUCGUUCGACCGAGCCAAAGACUACGUGGAGAAGGAGAAGGACAUCAGUAAGAGCGCCGGGCCCAUAUGGGCCUCUUUGCUAGCUGCUCUGGCCCACCUCGCUGCUGCGGAGAAAGCCUACCACAACAUGACGUUCCUCGGUCAGAAAUUGGGAGGCCAGUCAUUCUUCAGCAGGAAAGAUUCCAUUAGGACCACGUACACCUCGGUGUUCAACGAGCUAAAGAAGGUCAUCUCCAUGGGCCGGCUCAGCUCCUCCGCAGGCUCCGCCCCUUUCCUGGAGGACCUGCUAUCCCAUCUGUCCGAGCAACUGUGCCACUUCACGCAGGCUCGGACAGAGAUCGCAGAUUUCUAUGAGAAGAUGUUGGCGCUGGCCAACCAGAAGAGCGUCCACUCCGAGGAGCUGGUCAGCAUGCUGGAGAGCGUCCUGCACAAGUACAGCUCCAAGUUCCACCACCCCAUCCUGAGCCGGAUGGAGGGCUGCUUCCAGCUGGAGGUGGACGUUCUGUGCCAGCUGCUGCGGUGCCAGGUGGAGGUGUGUGAGUGGCGCUUCCUGCCCGCGCUGCUGUGCCUGCACGCUGCCCACACCAAGCUGACCGCCUGGGCGCAGCUGUUCGAGCGCCAGCGCGAGACGCGCAAGCACCUGUUCGGUGGCCAAUCGCAGAAGGCCGCUCAGCCGCCGCACCUGUACGUGUGGCUGCAGCGUCUGCAGGGGUCACUGCUGGCCAAGUUCAGCUUCUACUUCCACGAGACACUGAGCCGGCAGACGCUGGCGGCGGAGAUGAAGGCGCUGACUGCGCGCACCUCGCCCGACUACUACGGCCGCGCAUCCUCCUUCAUCCGCAAGCACGACGCCGCCAGCGUCUCACUCGUCUUCGACAACCGCGGCCACGAGAGCUUCCAGGGCCACGGCUACCACCACCCCCACUGGAUGCGAGCCGCUAAAUGGACCAGUUCCCGGGCGGUGGUGGUAUCCGCCAUCCUCGAAGGCCCGUCACGCCACUGGCCCAACGCUGCCCGGCUAUCGGUCCGCCGCACUGGCCGCGUCAUCAUGAUAAUGAGCGACCGCGGGGCCGAGCUCAACGCGCUGGACAAGGUGGUGCACUUCUACGACGACAAGGUGCAGAGCACCUACUUCCUGUCCCGGCCCGAGCCGCAUUUCACCGGUGGUCAUCUUACUGACCGCCCGGCUCAGAGAGGGUCAUCUUCGGACGGCACGCCAGAGAAGGACUCCUACAUCACGGCCUUCCUGCUGGAGCUGACCGGCUCGCUCCGCAACACCAAGCCCUUCAGCUGGCUCAAGCCUGGGUCCAAGGGCUGAGAACAUACAUACAUGCACACACACACACACACACACACACACACACACACACACCAAGCCCUUCAGCUGGCUCAAGCCUGGGUCCAAGAGCUGAGAACAUACACAUGCACACACACACACACACACACACACACACACACCAAGCCCUUCAGCUGGCUCAAGCCUGGGUCCAAGGGCUGAGAUCACGCACACGCAGGUACACACACACACACACACACACACACACACACACACACACACACACACACACACACACACACAGGACUGGAGAGGAGUGCAAGCCCAGAUAUUGAGGUUGUGCAGGUUCUGCAGAGGGUGCAUAUGUGCAGUAGUUGUGAUGAUUGAUGUCAGGUGGGACUGAUUGUAUGUUUUGGUCUAAACACAUGCUAAGCCUUUUUGCUUGAAAUAACACAUAAAUGUGUGUAACCUUUUAAAAAGGCGUCCAUUUCGUCUUUGUUUUAAGUUGUUACUCUGAACAUCUAGUGGUCCAGUUUGCCUGUAGGUGUGUCUGCAACUGCCUGUCUGCUUGACUCUUGACCAAAGAAGGUGGUUGCAGCUCUUGUGAACAACACAGGCACAUUAUUUUUUUACUUGAUAUUUUAAGUCUCUGUUUAAGUUUAAGUCACUGUUUGUGAGAUAGGAAUCUAACAAGUGCUCUUGAACCUUUCCAAGCAAUUUCUCUAUCAAAAUGCUGCUAUGUCAAAACAUCUGAUUAUUUGGAGGUUUAUUUUAGAUGACUAAUAUUUUAAGUGAUCAUUAUGGUGAGCGUGGUUGAGAUAUCUGUAUGUUCUGGAGACUCCAAAUACAUAAUAAAGUUUUGAACCUGUAAGAUGAAUCUGUCACCCUA